CAGCAUGCCUCAGUAGAGUACCAUUCGUCUUCGACCGGUCAACUACUAUUCCCAUACCUCCUUUUAGUCCACUACCUUCAUCCCUGUUGUGUCCACUUCAUACUCAAAUAUAUACACGUACACAAGCAUGCCCGCGGAAACCACAAUCCCUGACGAGGCAUUGCUCAAGAGCUUUGCCGAAGAGGUUCUCGACAAGCCAGAGGUCUUUCUCACAAAGUCCGAGGUGUCUGCAGAGCAGGCCAAGGCUAUCACGAAAUACCUCUAUGACCUCGGCAAAUCGGCAGAGACUGGAUCAUUAAAGGGACAAGGAUCAAUUUUGGAAGAAUUGUUUGUUGACGGUUUCAACAACGAUCAGAUCUGGGAGGAAAUCCACAUGCAGAACACCCCGUUCCUGUCAUAUCUCAAGGCAGAAAUCAAGGACAUCAAGUCCAACAAGACCGGUUCACAAACAGCAGCCGACGAGCAGGGCGAUGGGGAUGCAGAGGGAGAGGAGGAUGAGGACGAUGCGGAAAUGAACCUGGGACUUGACGACGAGGACAUGGGUCUCGACAUGGACGAUACAGAUAACAUGGAGGGAUUCUCUGGUGAAGAUGAGAUGGAGGGAUCAGACUCCGAAAAUAUCGUGGACUACAAUGACGACGACGAUGACGAUGACGAUGACGAUGAGGAAGAGGAAGAGGAAGAGGAAGAGUUGGAUGAUAUUGACCUGCCUGUCAAGAAGAAAACCAGGACAUCAGAAGUCGACGAUGACUUUUUCAACUUGGCAGAGUUCAACGCUAUGACCGAGAAGCAGGAGGAGGAGGAAAUUGAGGGCAAGGAGCCAGAUGAGGACGAGGAAGAAAUUGACUACUUUGCUGAUCCAGAUCUCAUCGACAGUGGCGACGAGGAUGACGACUUUGGCGAUAUGGAGGAGAAUGAAAAUGAGGUCGAUGCACAUGAUGUGGGAUACGGCGACUUUUUUGCCCCGCUACCAAAAGGAACGACGAACCGUCCCAAGGCACAGCGCCGCCCCAAGAAUGAUGAAGGAGAUUCCUUUGGCAAGCAGAAGGCCGGACAGGACGACGAUGAGGAUAUGGAGAUGCAGGACGCUGAAGACGAUGAGGAAUCCGCAGAAGUGAACGCGCUUGGCGAUAGAGUCUCCAACCUCUUUGGAGCGGAUGAGGGAGAAGCAGAGACAGAAACCCUUUCAAAGUUCCAGAAGGCACAGCAGAAACUGAAGCAACAAAUCGAGGCAUUAGAGCAGGAAAACGUUGUAUCCAAGGACUGGACCAAGAAGGGAGAGGCCUCAUCGGCCGAUCGGCCCGUGAACAGUCUGCUGGAGGAGGACCUGGAGUUCGAGACAGUCGCCAAGCCCAUCCCCGUUAUCACCGCAGAAACAACACAGACCCUCGAGGAUAUCAUCAAGGAGCGCAUCUUGGCCGGCAACUGGGACGAUGUCGUCCGUAAGGCACCACCAAACCCCAAGGCCUUCAAUCCGUCCUCCAGGGUCGAGAUCUCGGACGAAAAAUCCAAGAAGUCGCUUGCAGAACUGUACGAGGAUGACUAUGUUCGCCAGACAUCUUCAACAGGACCCGUCCUGAGCGAACGCGAGGCAGCACUGGAAAAGAAGCACGAGGAGAUCACAACACUCUGGCAGGACCUUUGUCAAAAACUCGACUCGCUGAGCAACUGGCAUUAUGCACCCAAGCCUCCGAAGGCUGAGCUCACCGUUGUUACCAAUGCACCGGCAAUCAGCAUGGAGGAAGCAAUCCCUGUUAGUGUUGCAGACGCGGCCCUUUUGGCACCAGAGGAGAUCUACUCUGCAGGCAAGGCACCGGUCAAGGGUGAUACAGAGAUGGAGCAGGCGGAGCGGAAGCGCAAGAGAGCUCAAGCCAAGCGUGCGAAGAAGGCGGAUAUCAAGGAGAAGGGGCGCAAGGAUGCAGAGCGCCAGGCCGAGAGAGAGGCCAGGGACCGGAGAUUGGGUCGCCAACCCGGCGACAAGGGCAAUUCGAAGACGAUCGUGCGCGACAAGAUGGAUGCAGUCAAGGCGCUCUCGGGACAGAAGAACAUCAGCUUUAUCGAUCGCGAGGGCAACAAGCGGUCGAGCAUCAAGGGCGGGUCCCAGGCAGAGGCGGCCAAAAGCGCAAAGCUCAAAUUGUAAUAAUCGUAUUAUCAGCAUCUUCGUUUUCACCCUCUCCCUCCAAAGUUACCAUUUCCACCUUCGCAUUUUCUAGAUAUCGCCAUGACCAUUCUCAUUGUUAUAAAAACUGUUUGUUUGAAUCG